AUGCACGGAUCAGAAUGGAACCUGUGGAGCUCCACCUCUUGACUCAUCCCAAUGGACAGACACCAUUGCCCAAUGAGGCAGAGUGAAGCUAGGGGGGUGGACAUCAGCAAAGCAGCACAGUGGUAGGGAUUUUGGAAAAAGGCUGACUAGAGAGAAGGUGACCAGCUGACUACAGGCAUGCACACUCUGUACCAGCACAUGAGAACAGUUGAGGUGGCACCAUGGAGCAAUCCCUGGCGCCUGGCCUGUCUACUGGGCAUUUUCAGCUUCCUGGGGUCGGUCACACCCCUCCAUGUGGCUCCUAUGACGACGGGCCUCCGCUCCGCCUUCUCGGCGACGCGGACCAAUAGCAUCCUGGGAGGCACCCAGAAGGCUGUGACCUUCAACAAGCUCCUGGUCAACACAGGAAGUGAUUUCAACUCAGACACAGGCCACUUCCGCUGCAGAAUCUCUGGGGCCUAUUACUUCUCUUUCACGUUGGGGAAAUAUCCCAAGAAGAUGCUGUCUGUCAUACUGGUGAAGAAUGGGCAGGAGGUGCAGGCUAUAGCCUACGACGAUUACAAACAGAAAGGGAGGAAGGUCCAGAGUCAAAGUGUCAUGAUCAGCCUGAGGGCCAUGGACACAGUGUGGCUGAUGCUGCAGGACAGUCCUCAGUAUGCUCUAUACAGCAACGCUGGCCCUUACAUCACCUUCACUGGUUACCUGGUGUACCCCGACAUCUCCGCCACUGGCUAUCUCAACAACCACCUAUCCCUGCCAGGGCAGCCCUACCCCAACUCCAACUGCCCCCCUCCUGGAGACCACAGGUACGGCUGGAGCGGUAGUGCUGAGGCCCCUGUGGAGCCUCGCUCUGCCUUCUCCGUGGCCAGGACAUCCCCGGUCCUGGGGGAGAAUGGUGGCGGGCACCAGGAGAAGGAGCCUCUGACCUUUGACGUGGAGUACGUCAACAUCGGAGGGCACUUUAACAAGACGUCGGGCCGCUUCACAUGCCGCUACCCUGGGGCCUACUACUUUGCCUUCACGGUGGGGAAGCACCCACGUAGGGCAGUGUCAGUCAAGCUGAUGACGGGCCAUGGCGAGGUGCAGGCCAUGGUGUUUGACGAGGACACGUCCAGGAGGAGGGAGAUGCAGAGCCAGAGUUUGCUGCUGUCGCUGCAUAGGGGGGACAACGUGUGGCUCUACAGCCAGCAGGACGAGCGCUACGCCGUCUACAGCAACCAGGGACGCUACACCACCUUCUCAGGCUUCCUGGUCUACCCAGACGCUGAGCCCACCACCACCACCAGCCAGGACCUUGACAAAACUCACUUCUGAGGGUUCUGAGUUCUUCAAAACACACUGGACCCUCCUUGAAAUGUACAUGGUGCUAUGGUUACAAAAUCAAACUUGUGAAAGUGUGAAUGUCAGUGCUAAGUUACACUAUGCUUCAUAGGCUUUGUGUAGAACCGCUGUAGUCAGCUUCUGGGUGUGGAUGGAACAACAACAGCAGCAAACUCUGAAAAAUGGGGCAGAGAUGUACAUAUAUUAUACACAUCUUAUACACAGAUACACAUUUGUUUGCCCUUCUAUAUUGAUUCCAUAGCCAUUUCCUUCAAAGUAUUAAAUCAUUCUACAAGAUGGAGCUGUGAGUUAACAUUAUCACACAUAAUCAUGUAAUGUUUCUCUUUAUUACCACAUUUUCAGUGGAACAUUUUAUGUUUUGUUUUUGGCUGCGUUUAAACCAAAGUUAUAGGUUAUAUGUUAGUAUAUGAUGCUGGAUCGUCAGGAUUCCUUGGAUACCUCAUGUUUAUUUUCUCUAAUUCACCAAAGGCUAUGGGGUAUAAUAAGUAGAGCUUUCCUAUGUAAUCUUUAUAUAUGCAGACUUGCUUAGUGACAGAAUUAUAUAUCCUUACUGAGCAGAUGUUUUUGCAAAGACUCAGCAAAACUAAUCAUUUAACUUGUGUAGUGAUUGCAUUGAGUAGAGACUACUGUGUAAAUACUGCAUAGUUUUCCUGAAUGCCUGUAUGUAGUUAGAUAACCUGAAUAUGAUGUAGUUAUGAAUGUUUGAUCUAUUCUGAAUGCAUAGUGAAAGAAUAUUAAUUAAAGGAAAAG